GAUGUCUGCAGGUAAAAAAAAAAUUGUGGAUCGGUAGGAAACAAACUCAGUGUCUCUGUCAAGCUGUUGUGAAGAGGUCGACCGAAAAGGUAUUACUUAAAAUGGAAGGAAGAAAGAAAUUUUUGGAAAAUUUUCGUCUAAAAACGAAAAUGCCCAACAUCAAGAAGCCACGUAAAAAGCUGCUUGCCAAACAGCCAAGGAAUCUGGCCAAUCGCCGGAGCAUUUCUGUACCAGAUCUAAGCUUUAUUCCAGGCGAAGCGAGUUCUACUGAAAGUGCUGCACUGCCUUCCCCUUCUGAGGCCAUCUACUUUGGGAUCUCUCCUGGUAUGAGUGAUACAGAUUCGAUUGCUAGCAGCUCCAUCCCUGAAGGACCGCUUUUUGCUGAGAAAUUCACUGAGUCUCUCUCAGAGAUUCAAUACAGGGCUCAUCUGCGUAAAGCUCCAGUUUCAUCGCCAAGCAGAUUAAGUGCACCUCCAGCCUAUGAGGAUGGGAUCUUCCUGAAGAAUUCAAGCCCAAAAAGCCAAAGGAAUGAUGAUCUUAACCUUUCUGCUCAAGAGGAUAAAAAGCCCAUGAAAAAUAUCCAAAAGUUCGUAUUCGAGAACAUUAAAGAACCAGAAAGUGACCAAGGGGAGAAGGAGAGCCUGUCUGAUGAAAAGCCUCAAACUCGCAGAAGGAUGUCUGAUGUCGUUGCGGGACUCAUCCCCAGAGCAAGUUCCAUGGGAGAUGAAAGACGUCCUCAGAUUGAGAAGAGGACCGUGAUGUUCGACACAAGAAAACCAGUGUUUGAAAAGCUCGUUUUACAAACUAGCCGACCAAACUCCUCCGCAGAAAGGCUGUCCUUACACGAUGCUCAAUUUGACAAUGCAGAUGCUUCAUCUCUUUAUUCUGCCUGUGGCACUCCUAGUGAGGAACAAGUCAACAUGUCCUGGCCAACGACCUGGGAGGAGGAAGACCUUGAACAAACAUCCUCUUCCUCUCUGCUGAGAGAAAUCUCAAUGGAUGAGGGUCUUCUUGACCUGGAAAACGCAGAUGAGUCUCUAGAGGAGAACUCUGCAGAAGCCUUUGAAGACUUUGAUGAAAAUAUUACAGACCCAACAGAAGGCCUUGAUAUCUUGUGCACAGGCCCUGAUGUUCAGUCACCCUCCCCGUUCCAGAGGUACCUGCUGAGUAUUAACUUAAAGUGUGGCCGUAAUCUGGUCGUCAGAAGCAGGCGUUCUGCUACAAGUGAUCCUUAUGUGAAGUUCAAACUUGAAGGAAAGCAGUUCUAUAAAAGUAAAGUGGUUUACAAGGACCUCAAUCCACGAUGGAACGAGUCCUUCUCUCAUCCUCUUCGAGACAAAGACCACGAUGUGGAACUUCGGGUCUACGAUAAAAAUCUCACAGCUGAUGACUUCAUGGGUUCUGCCUCUAUUUCUCUGAGAAACCUUGAGUUGCACAAAACACAUGAGCUGGAGCUGCGGCUUGAGGACCCUAAGAGCAAAGAAUCCGACAUGGGAGUCAUCAUUGUCGAAGUCCGCUUGAUGUUCCGAGAUGCCACAGUGAAAAGAGGCCCUAGAUUCCGUCCAAAAAAGAAACAGCAAAACCAGAACCAAACUCCACGCACAUCGGACCUACCAAAGAAUAAUCUGAAGAACCAAGUGUGGUCCGGUGUAUUUCACAUCACCCUGGUGGAGGGACAAGACCUGCCACAGUAUGGCCAGGGUGACGUCUAUGUCCGCUUUCGCCUCGGUGAUCAGAAAUACAAAAGCAAGAACCUUUGCAUUCAACCGAAUCCCCAAUGGAGAGAGCAGUUUGACUUCAAUCAAUUUCAAGACAACCAGGAACCUCUGCAGGUGGAGGUGCUCUCAAAGAGAGGGCGGAAAGGGACAGAAUCAUGGGGAAUGUUUGAGGUUGAUGUGCUGAGGCUUCAUUUAAAUGAAAGGCAGCUCUACACUCACGUGUUGGAUCCUGGCAAAGGCAAGCUGGUCUUCCUGGUCACCCUCAGACCCUGUUGGGGUGUCUCCAUCACUGACGCUGAUAACCCCACCUUAUCCAAUCAAGAUGAGAAAGAUGCAGUGAUUGAAAGAUUUAGUUUGAAAAACUCCCACAAAUGUUUGCAAGAUGUUGGGUUCCUUCAGGUCAGCGUGCUGAAAGCAAAUGAUCUUCCAGCCACAGACAUCAAUGGAAAAACCAACUCCUUCUGUGUUAUCGAACUAGGAAACUGCAAACUUCAAACUCACACUGUUUACAGGACAGUCAAUCCGGAGUGGAACAAGACCUUUACAUUCCCUAUAAAGGACAUUCAUGAUGUAGUGGAGGUGAAUGUCUUUGAUGAAAACGGUGACAAAUCCCCAAACCUUUUGGGAAAACUAGCAAUCCCUUUACUGACGGUUCAAAACGGUCAGCAGAUCUGUCUGCUCCUGAAGAAAGAAGACCUGGGAAGAACUGCUAAAGGAACCAUCACACUGGUGCUGGAGGUUAUUUUUAACAAAGUCGGAGCUGGUGUCAAAACCUUCCAACCAAAAGGGGCAAAACUAAUUGAGGAAAACUCCAAGUUCAACAAGAAGAUCCUUGCCAGGAAUAUAUAUCGGGUGCGAAAAAUCAGCACAGCAGUUCUGUACACGUUACAGUACAUUAAAAGCUGUUUUCAAUGGGAGAGCACACAACGAAGUCUAAUAGCCUUUCUGAUUUUCCUGGUUACAGUAUGGCACUGGGAGCUUUUCAUGCUGCCUCUCUUCCUGCUGCUGCUCAUCGGCUGGAACUACAUCCAGCUCUCCAGGGAAAAGGCCAGCUCCAACCAGGAUCUGGUGAACAUGGCCAUGGGUGACGACGAAGAGGAAGACGAAAAGGAAUCUGGCAAAAAGGGUUUGAUGGAUAAAAUACAUAUGGUCCAGGAAGUGGUGCUGGUUGUCCAGAAUGUUUUGGAGGAAAUCGCCAACAUCGGGGAGCGAGUCAAGAACAUAUUCAACUGGUCUGUGCCAUUCUUGUCAUGCUUGGCCUGCCUGAUGCUGUUUGUGGCAGCCUCACUAUUGUAUUUAAUCCCAUUACGGUACAUUGUGUUAGUAUGGGGCAUUAACAAAUUUACCAAGAAACUGCGCAACCCAUAUAGUAUUGACAGUAAUGAAAUACUGGAUUUCCUCCAGAGGGUGCCUUCUGAUGUUCAGAAGGUGCAGUACAGUGUGCUGAGAGCACCCACUGGACAGAACCAGCCAAAAAAGAAGAAGUAAGCACAGUAGAAAUGCUGGAUGAAAGGCUGGUCUUCCUUUCUGUCUUCUCCUCUUUUUUUUUUUCCCGUUUCUUUUUGUUUUUUGCGUUACUUUGCAAUCCACCUGACAACAAUGCUCCAGAACCAACUGAACCUGUGACCUCACAUACCCAGCCGCACCACCCCGACGCUGCCUCCUGCUGCUGAGGGGCAGCCAGCCGCUCCGUGCCUUGUGUGUUUGCCACCCCCCCCUGACAGGGGCUGUGAACUGAAGCAGCUAGGAGGGCAGCACAUGCUGCUGUCAAUCACAAGCUGGGAGGUAAAAAAAAAAAAAAAAAAAAAAAAAAAAACGGAGCUCUACAAGGCUCAAGCCUCAUCUUUGAGAAAAAAAUUUUUUAAAAAGGAAGUGAAGACAUCAGGUUUGACCUACCUAAGAAAAUUUUUUCUAAUUAAUUUGGUGUGGCUAAGAAAUUUGUCUCAGGGUAAAGCCAAUAACAACUCAAAGAGGCAACAUUGUGUUUUUAUUCUUCAAUGUAGUGAGCUGUUUAUCAUAAGAUCACAUGAAAUCAGUUUUAUUAAAGUGUACUGCAACUUAUAUAUAAUCUGUGGUAUGGUUUUCCGUGUAAAUGUUAAUGCUGCUGCUUUUCUUACUCUGUCUUAUGAAUAAACAAGUAUUUAUAUUGUAAACAUGUGUUAAUUCUAGCUACCUGCACUUGAGUUUUUGUUUUAUGUUCAAUUUAUUUGAAAGUAUCAUGUAUGCAUCGUAAAAUGGAGAGUUUGAAUAAAGAAU